AUGAGCAUGCCUAAAGCGACAUACUGCUUGGAAGACAUUCAGACACUUGUGAAUAUUUCAAUUGGUCCAUGGGUAUGCGAUGGUGUACUGGAGAAGCUGAGAAAUCUUCGAAGAUUGCAUUUGAAAAACAUGUCAAGCUCUGAUGAAGAUGCUUUGACCAAUGCAGUCCAGAAUCUUUCCCGACUCAAGAUGUUGGCAUUGUUUGGAGAAUCCUUGCCGAUGAGUGUCCUAACUUCAUCUUGCUACCAUCAUAUUCAGAUUAUGGAUUUGGCAGGACCAUUGGUAAGACCUGCAAGGAUUCACAUAGAGGCUGAAAAUUCCAGGAUAUUUUCCAACCUGAUCUCUCUUGCAAUUAGUCGAACAAGGUUGGAAAAGGAUGAAGAUAUUGCAUUGCUCGCAUCUCUAGCAAACCUUGAGCAUCUUCUUGUGUAUCUUGAUGCAUUUGUAGGAAGAGUUUUGGUGUUUCCAAAGGGAGGUUUUCCUCGCCUCCAAGAGAUCGAACUGCUUGAUUUGAGCACCUUGGAGCAGUGGGAAGUGGGAGAGGGAGCAAUGCCUCUCCUUCGGGAACUAAGACUUUGGGACUGCAUAAAUUUGAGAAUGCUACCAGAGGGACUUGUAAGAUUGACUGAGCUCAAACAAAUUGAAAUAAGGGGAAUGGAAAUGAUAGAGAGAAGGGUUGACAAGAAUACUGGAGAAGAUUAUCACAAGAUUAAACAUGUUCCUUCGAUUGAAAUAUAUUUUUAA